AUGGAACUAUGUUCGUUGAUUGCGGUUCCCCGUAACCUCAAGGAGGGCAUCGACUGGUUGAUGGCGCUGAGGGGGACUGACGAUGAAAACGGCUUGAAGGCUGUGAGUGCAGUCCUUUACGAAUUUCUCGCACAACAGCCUGUUGGCUUGAAGCGGUUGCGAGAUCUUGAGGAUGUAAAGAGCGUUUCCCAUGAGUUCCUGCUGCAACCAGAGUUUCAAGACCAGCCAUACGUAAAGGACCUGGUGCAAAGAUACACGACACCGAUGAAUAAAGACGUCGGCACAUUCGCUAAGGCCUUUGGAGAUAUCGCCAAAAGUGAUUAUGAGAACGUAUUACAGACCCAGGGUGUCAACCCUGAAACAAUUGAAGAAAAAUUGCGCAAAGUUGUGCAUGGUACUGAGAAGUUCUUGAACUAUAUCAAAAACACCCGCCGGUAUAGCCGUACAUACGGUUCAGCAGCAACUUGGGCUUCAUCGUGCACGCACGACCCUGAACUUUGCGCAGCAAUUCUCGUGGGGAUGGCGCCGAUGCUAUACGCGGGCUUACGUUAUUUGAACGAUGCAGCUGCAGAUGCAUUUUUGGAAGGGCCUGAUUCUGUGGAGGAAAAGCGUUUAGUAAGUGUAUUGGAAGCCCUUGGUUACGAGGGGCAACAAAAGCGUGGUAAGAUGCGUAGUUCAGAUAUACGCAACGCAUUGAGCGGUGUGGACAAAGAUGUAUUGACCGUACUCUACGACCUCGCUGGAUUCUGGGCAUUCUAUUGA